GUUCACUCGCACAGUCGCACUAUAAGAAACCCCUCUACCACGAUUCACAAAUCCUCAAAACGCUUCCUAUUUUGAUCGCUACAUCAAAGAACACAAAAAUCAUGGGCAGGAAAUUCUUCGUCGGCGGCAACUGGAAAUGCAAUGGGACAGGCGAGGAGGUGAAGAAGAUUGUGAGCACGUUGAAUGAAUCCGAAGUCCCUUCUGAGGAUGUUGUGGAGGUUGUUGUGAGCCCCCCGUUUGUGUUUCUUCCUCUGGUUAAAAGCUUAUUGCGGUCAGAUUUCCAUGUUGCCGCCCAGAACUGUUGGGUUCGCAAAGGUGGUGCUUUUACCGGAGAGAUUAGUGCUGAGAUGCUUGUCAAUUUGAGCAUUCCUUGGGUCAUCCUUGGUCAUUCUGAAAGAAGAGCUCUUUUGAGUGAGUCAAGUGAGUUUGUUGGAGACAAAGUUGCAUAUGCACUCUCUCAAGGCAUAAAAGUGAUUGCUUGUGUUGGAGAGACUCUUGAACAGCGAGAAUCGGGAUCUACAGUGGCUGUUGUCGCUGCACAAACAAAAGCAAUUGCAGAUAAGGUAUCAAAUUGGGAUAAUAUUGUUUUGGCUUAUGAGCCAGUUUGGGCUAUUGGAACUGGGAAGGUUGCAAGCCCUGCUCAGGCUCAGGAAGUUCAUUGUGAGUUGAGGAAGUGGCUUCAUAACAAUGCUGGUGCUGAAGUUGCUGCAUCAACCAGAAUUAUCUAUGGAGGUUCUGUAAAUGGAGCAAAUUGCAAAGAAUUGGCAGCACAGCCAGAUGUGGAUGGAUUUUUGGUUGGUGGAGCUUCCCUUAAGCCGGAGUUCAUUGACAUUAUCAAGUCAGCCACAGUAAAGAAGAAUGAUUGAAAAUCAGUACCAUGUGUUGAUAUGGCUGCCCUUCUUGCUUCAUUCUUGAAUGCUUAAUGGAAAAAUAGUUUUGUAGUUGAUGUCUGUCCUUGGAGAUUUUGGCCAGCAUAAUUUCGAGAAUAAGAGUCAGAUUUUCAUUGUUUUCUGUUAUUUUGAGGCAUGGAUCUCAGUUUGAGCUUUUAACGACUUUUACCUGAUUAUGUGGACAUGAUGCUGGUUGUCUCUCGUUGAAAUGAAACAAAUAACAAGACGUUAUGUGGAAUGCAUUUAUAUUAUUUCCUUGAA